UCCAGCCUCCAACAGCCGUCCCGGCCAACCAGGAGCUCCUCCGGGGCUGCAGCUCCACGGAUGUCUCUGCCAGGUUCUCCCCUCCUCAUCCGGGCUGGGCGCCUCGGAGCAGACGGUCCCUUCCCCUGACAACAGGCCUCUUGCCGGGGAUGGUUUGAAUGUGGAGCACACGGCCAGUUGUGGGGACGUGGUCCAUUUCAGGUGGGACGCUCAGGGACAGUAGGAAGCGGCAGCAGCCAUGAAGAAGAUGUUCUCUUGUUCCAGUAAUCAAGUGGCGGUAGAGAGCUGGAACAAACAUGAUCAGAAGCUUUUUGAUGCUGUUGAGAAAGGAGAUGUGGGGAGAGUCUCCAUCCUUGCUUCCAAGAAGACGGCAAAAGCCACCAAACUGAAUGCCCUGGGCCAAUCCGCGUUCCACCUGGCCGCAUCCAGGGGGCUCACAGAAUGCCUCACCAUCCUGCUCACUCAUGGGGCAGAAGUGAACGACAAGAAUGAUGAUGGAAGCACAGCUCUGCAUUUGGCCACCAUCGCCUGCCAGCCUCAGUGUGUGAAGGUCCUCCUGCAGCAUGGAGCCAAUGAAGACUGCAUGGAUGCAGAGAACCGUACACCUCUACAUUGGGCUGCCUUCUCUGGAUGUGCAUCCAGUGUGUUGCUCCUGUGUGAUCAAGAGGCCUUCUUGGAUGUCAUGGAUAAUAACGGAUGGACGCCUUUGAUGAUUGCUGCCCAGGGGAACCAGCCUGCCAUCUGCUCCCAGUUACUCCAGAGAGGGGCCAAGGUGGACCUUAUUGAUAAAGAUGAGAAGACUGCUCUUGUUCUUGCUUGCAAAAGUGGAAGCACGGAGUCAGCUGAGCUGCUUCUGCAGAAUGGAGCCAACGUGGGGCUGGUGGACAGGAUGGGCCACAACGCCCUCCACUAUGCGAUGCAGGCCAAGAAUCGUCCACUGAGGCGGCUGGUCCGGACAGCCCUGAAGAAGUGGAAGAAGAGAGAGCUAGGACUCGAUCCUUCAUCAGAGGCUAGUUCACAGGUUCCAUCUGAGAGCGGGAAAGAGACUGAUGGGAGUAGCCUGAACCUCCGGAGUGAAGCCGGAGACCAAAGUGACGACGAAGAGGAGGAGGAUCCUGAGUUGAAAGAGUGGAGGACCAGAUAUCGAGAGGAGAAAAUGAAAGUCAUCCACCUGGAGCUGCAGCUGGCCCAAAAAGGAAAAGAGUGCGAUGCCCUCUCGGAAGGGUGCAAAGUGAUGAAAGAGAGAGUCUGGGACCAAGUGCAGGAGAUCAACCAACUCCUCCCUGACGGAGAUGAGGGGAGCCCAGGCUGGGAGGAGCUGAGCCGACGGUACAGCCGUGAUGCCACAGAGGAAGACUAUUACCUUAACCUUUUGGCUGAGCAGGUGCAAGAACUGAAGAAGAGGAGGAAGCAGGAGGAGGAGCAGGAGAAAGAGGAACCCAAAAUGGCGGCCGCGCAAGAAGCGGGGCAAGGAGAGCCGAAAACCGUAGCAGCCCCGGAGGAGAAAGUGCGAUGGCCUGGCGAGGAAGAGGAGGAAGAACAGAAGCGGCAGCAAGCGGAGCUGAAGCGCCUCCAGGCUGAAGUGGCCGCGGCCCUCGAGGAAAAGGCGAGCGCUCUGAGGAGGGUGCAGGAGAUGGAAGGCCACAUGGAGAACAUGAGGGCCGUGAUCGGCGUCUUCGAGGCUAAGAAGAAGACCCAAAGUGGGACGCUGAAGGAACUGGAGGUUCGCGUCCUGGAGCUCGAUGGUGAGAACCAGCAGCUGCGCGGGCUGUUGGCGAAGCACCUGGGAGAGUGCGAGAGAGCAAGGAGCCAAGAGAGCGCGCUCCCCAGCGAGAAGGUGUCCCAGUUCCUGAGGGAGAUGGAGGAGGAAUAUUCCAGAGUGCAGAAGGAGAACUCUGCGGUGGUGACUGAAAACGAGGCCCUGAAGUGGGAGGCCGAGGAGGCCCUCAGGAGCAAGCUGCAGUUCCAGGCGGUGCCCUCAGGGGCAGUCAAGAGGAGUGUGCUUGCCUGGAAGAGGAUGGUAGCCAGCCUAGAGUGUGCCCUGGCCAAGGCGCAGCAAGUCAACUCUGCUCUCCUGGAGAAAGCCAGGCCUCUUUGGGAAGUCAUGUUGGCCUCUGGACCGAGGGUCGUGGUGAAUGGCAAUGGGCAUCAUGAAGAAGAGAGCAGUGUCUUCAGGGAUGGGGCAAAGCUGCCACUGGGCGACGCCAAAGUCCCCGAGGAGCUGGAAAAGGCUGGGACAGGAAAGAACCAGCUGUAUGAUGGCUCUCCUGGGCAGGUGAAGCUCAGAGCAAAGCCCAAUACGGCAGAAAACAAGGCCCGGCCAUGUUGGAGAAGCUCUGACCUGGAGAAGGAGGUGUGGGAUCUCAAGCAGAGCAAUGGUAGCCUUGUGAAGGAACUGGGACAGCUGAGCAGGGAAAGGGAGAAGCUGCAGCAGGAGCUGCGGGGCUUGUGCUGUCCAAAAGAGGGGCCUACUCAGGUGGAGGGAGCAGGGAGCCUGGUGGAAGAGCUGAAGCAGGCGGUGGAUUCCUUGUCGCAGCAGCUCUCUGAGGAGAAGGAGGAAUCGAGGAAGCUGCGUCUGAGGCUGGAGGCUCAGAGGAAGGAGAUGGUGGCGGUGAGGGACAGUUUCCUGACGCAGAUGUCCAAAGAGGCCAGCAGCGUGGGGACUGACAACCUCGACACCUGCAUCUUGAAGGAGCUGCACUGGAAGCUGGACAAUGUUGUGAAGAAGCAGAACGAAGCGUUGCAGCUGGUGUCUGAGAUGGAAGAGGAGAACCACGCCCUUGAGGUUGACCGGAGCCUCCUGGCCAGUCACAACGGCCACGACUCCUCCGCCACGGACAAAAGAGCCUUCGAGGCCUCCGAUGCUGUCGGAGAUCACUGUAAAGUCAGGCAGCGGAUGAGCGAGCUGGAGCGAGGGCUGCAGGAGCUGAAGGCGGCGUUAGAAGCAGCCCAGGCCUCUCUGGGAGGGAGAGGCAAAGAGGCCGUCCAGCUGAAGCAGCUGCUUGACCAGCUUGCUGCCAAGAUGGCCGUGCUGCGCCGUGAGGAGGAGGAAGCCCUCAGGAAGCACGAGAAGGUCCGCGGCAUGUUGUCCGUCAGAGCUCAAGCCUUGGGGGAGGAGUUGGCCGCCCUGCGGGUGAAAUACGAGGAAGCAAGUGGAGAGGCUGCCCGCCACAAGGCGUCCCUGGCCUCCGAGAGGCAGAAGAAAGAGGAGCUCCUCGCAGAGGCGGCUGAGCAUGAGGAGGAGGUGGAUGAGCUGAGGGGGAAGUCCCAGAUGAUGGAGAGCGCAAUGGAGAAGCUGAGUAAGAAAGUGGAAGAGCUGUCCAAGACCUGCCAGGACAGAGAAGGGAAGAUCAAGAAGUUGCUAAAGGAAACAGAGAAGCUUUCAAGCGAAGUCCUCAACUUGCGCAGCGAACGUGCCCGCCUCCAGCUGCAGAAUGAGGUUGUCCAGAAGAACCAUCAAGAGAUUGUGGCCAUCUACAGAACUCACCUGCUGAACGCAGCCCAGGGUUUCAUGGAUGAGGAGGUCCAUGCCAUGCUGCUCCGGAUCCUGAAGACGAACGAUUAGUGACUAGUGAAUUUCCAAGCCUUCCUCUUUUCCUCCACGUUGCGUACCGUUGCAGACAUUAAUACCAGCAACAUAACAAGAAGGCCAACUUGUUGUGUCUACACUUUUCCAGCAUGAAGAGACCGGUUCACCCCCCCAUUGUCAGCCCUCUGCUUUGAUUUCUGGAAUCAUCCAAAUUGGAAAAAUUCUGCAGUGGGGAGGGAAAACUCCAUAAUACAACCCCCUUCCAAGUUGUGUGAUAGGAAUUACUUGCUGUGUCUUGCAUACAUUUGCAUGCAAUAUUCUUGUGUCUUCCUCUUCUUCUCUGUCCUUUUUAAUUUUUAUUUUACUUUUUACAGAAUUGGGAAUUUUGGCUGGGAUGGUGAACAGAAAGAAGGGGAGCCAGCAAUAGGAUAUUGGGGUGAAAGAGAAUAGAAGGGAAGUGAACCAAGAACCACCCAUAUUAGAACUGCCUUCUUCCAGAGUGAUGGGCUGCGGCACUGGCCCAAGGCAUUUCCAUGCCUGAGACAGCCAGAUGUCCUCUCACAACCACACAAGUAACAAUGGGCCCCAAUCUUGUAGGAUUUUUUCCCUGGGCAAGCCCCAUUGAAAUGAAUGAGCGGAGUGCUCUUCUGCAGCUCCCAUUCAUUUCAGGGAGGCUUGCGCAGGAGAAUGUGCUGCUGCAAAUGAUGUCCAACCAGCCCCAGACCUGCCUGUCUCCCAGUCUGCCAUCUGCUUCCCCUCCCCUGAAGGUAGGGGGACUUUUAUGACAACAGAUUAGUGCUCCUGCACAUAAUGGGUGUGGCAGUUUGCACAGGAUGUAUCCUCAUGCUCUUGGAAUUAUAAAAUGUUGGAGGUCACCCAAAGACCAUGUAGUCUGACCUCUACCAAGGAUUAUUUGUUUAAUCUUGUUUGGAAUAUCUAGAGUUGGGUUGGUGUUGUUUUUACCUUAUAAGGGUUAACGUUACUGUUGAAAUAGUGUGUGUGUGUGUGUGUGUGUUUAGUUUUCUUUAAAAAAAAUUGCAACUUGCUUUGAGGCCUGUGAAAAAGGGUAGGAUAAAACUGGAAUAAAUGACGAGUGCCUGGCUGGAAUGCCCUCA